AUGGAGAGGAUUCCGGCGAUCGUCGUGGUGGUGUUGAUGGCUGCGGCGGCUCAGCUGGCGAGCGCCGGUUUUCCUAACCAGUACUGGCCGGCGCCGGUGCCGGCGACUCCGGCACCUAGCGGUCCUUCGACGGGCUUCCCGACGUCCGGCUGGCAGGACGCCCACGCCACCUUCUACGGCGACGACUCCGGCCUCGGCCACGACUUCGGCGGCGCGUGCGGGUACAGCGGGGAGAACAUCGCCGGGCUCUACUCGACGAGGACGGCGGCGCUGAGCACGCCGCUGUUCCAGGACGGCCUCGGGUGCGGGCGGUGCUACGAGAUCCGGUGCGUCCAGUCCAAGUGGUGCGUCGCCGGGUCCCCCUCCGUCGUGGUCACCGGGACCAACCUCUGCCCGCCCAACUGGUACCAGGCCAGCGACAACGGCGGCUGGUGCAACCCGCCGCGUCGGCACUUCGACUUGGCGCCGCCCUCGUUCUACAAGCUCGCCGCCAGGGUCGCCGGCAUCGUCCCCAUCCAGUACCGCCGCGUCCCGUGCCAGAGGUCCGGCGGCGUCAGGUUCUACGUCGCGGGGAACGACUACUGGCUGCUCCUCUACAUCAUGAACCUCGGCGGCGCCGGCGACGUCUCCACCGUGUCCAUCAGGCCGGCCGACAGCAGCAACUGGAUCGACGCGUCGCAGAACUGGGGGAUCACGUACCAGGCAUUCACCAGGCUGGAGAAGAGCGUGGGGCUCGUCGUCAGGCUCACCACGGGGAGCUCGCCGCAGAAGACCAUCGUGUGCGGCGACGCCAUCCCCGCCUACUGGGCCUCCGGCCUCACAUACCAGGGAUCCAGCAACUUCUGGUGA